AUCAGUAACUUGUCGAGUUUUCAAUUGCCAGUACUGGUUCGAUCUGACAGGUGAUAACAGUUAUUCGAAACAUGGUUGCCAGUGCUCCGAACCGUUCGUUUCUCUAUAUAGCAGCGUGCACAGCCAACGUGGCGUCUUUUAUAGCCGGCACCAGUUUGGGAUGGUCCUCGCCGGAAAUACCGAAACUAAGAAAUCCAAAUACGACAACUCUAUUCCAUCCAACGACAACAUCUCAAGAAGGUUGGAUCGUAUCUUUACUAGCGCUAGCCGCAGCCGUAGGCCCUUUCGGAGGCGGCGUCCUAUCCGACGCCAUAGGAAGAAAAAAAACCCUCCUAUCCGCGAUAUUACCGUUCGCGAUCGCUUCCGCCAUAAACGUUUUCGCUAAAUCGACCAUUUUCUUUUACGCCACCAGAUUUUUGUGCGGACUCGGCGUCGGCGUCGUAUUCACCGUCAUACCCAUGUACGUGGGGGAGAUAGCCGACGACGACGUCCGCGGAUCCCUCGGAUCCCUCAUGCAACUAUUCGUCGUAACCGGAAUGUUAUUCUCUUAUUCCCUCGGACCGUUCGUAUCUAUAAUAACGUUCAAUUCGAUACUAAUUUUUCCCCCGAUACUAUUUUUCCUAAUUUUUCUAUUAUUCGUGCCGGAAAGUCCUUACUACCUCAUACAAAGCGACGAUCUGACAGAAGCCUUGGACGCCAUGAUCGUGCUGAGGGGCAGAGAUACGUCGUUGAUGCAAAAAGAGCUGGAAGUCAUGAAAGUCCAAGUCGAAAUAGAAAAGAAGAAUAGGGGAAACGUCGUCGACGUAUUCAAAUCGAGAGGUCUCCGAACCGCGUUUUUUCUAUCCAUAGGACUAGUUUCGUUUCAACAAUUAUCCGGGGUUAACGUUAUAAUAUUUUACGCCCAAACUAUUUUCGCCGACGCUGGCGUCGAUUUGGCUCCGGAGGUUUGUACGAUAAUAAUUGGAUUUGUCCAAGUGGUGGCUGGCGGUCUGACGCCGAUUUUAGUCGAUAGAUGCGGCAAGAGAUGUCUUCUUCUUCUUUCCGCUUUAGGAAUGGCAUUAUCCGAAGGGGUUUUAGCUCUAUUUUUUUAUUUUAAAGAUAACCAACGGGCGGACGUAUCGAAUUUGGGUUGGAUACCGCUUUCGAGCGUCGUUAUUUAUAUAAUAAUGUUCGGUUUGGGUUUAGGUCCGCUUCCUUGGGCGGUUUUGGGGGAAAUAUUUCCGGGUAACGUCAAGUCGUCCGCUUCGUCGGCUACGGCUUCGGUCAGUUGGAUAUUGGGAUUUUUUAUGACGAAUUAUUUCGAUUCGUUGACGGAUCUGAUCGGAAAAUGCGGAACUUUCGGAAUUUUCGCGGGCUUUUGCGCGUUUUCCGCGUUGUUUAUAUUUAAACGUUUACCGGAGACUUCCGGUAAAAACGUUCACGAGAUACAGUAUAUUUUGAGCGGGGGAAGUAGGAAAGCGUCGUACACUUUUUAGUUGUUUUGAAUUUCACGUUAUUUUGUAGGUUAUGUUGUUUGGAAGGUAGCUGCGAAACGGUUUUUCGAAAUUUGCUGCAAAAUGAAACGUUCUACAAAAAAGUUCUUGCAAAAAUGUACGGAUUUUCAAUUUUGGAAUUUCGUCGAAAGUAUUUUUUCGCGUGACCUCGUAUAACUAAUUUUUUUUUCGCAUUUUCUUUAGAAAAUAAUUUGAAUCCAUCGAGAGAGUCGUAGAAUUUUCAAAAAAUUAUGCGGACGAUCAUAAAUUUUGUAAAAAGUGCUGAAAUUAUAUAAAAACAUUACGAAACUUCGAAAAGAGAGGGAAAUUUUUCAAAAUUCGUCAAGGAAGUGAUUUAAGUUUCGAGAAAAUACUAGAAUUGUUCGAAAAUAUUCAAACUUUCGGAAAAUAAUAUGGAGUUUUCUAAAAAUCAAAUAAAAAGGCCUCAACUUUUCAAAAAUUCAUGAAAAAAUUCUAAAAAUUGAAAAAAACAUACAGAAAGUUAUCAAAUUUGGAAAAAACUGAAAUAUUUCAAAAUAAUCAUCAAAGAAAUUUCAAAAUUUUUCAAAAAAUCGUUUUGGAAAUCACAUCAAUCUCGAAAAAAAUGUACGUUUUGUCCAAAAAUAUCCAAAAAGUGACGAAAUACUCGAAAAAAAUAAAGAAUUUUCCAAAAAUCAAACAAAAAAUCCUCAAAUUUUCAAAAAUUCAUGAAAAAAUACUCAAAAGUUGAAAAAACAUUCAGAAAGUUAUCAAAUUUGUAAAAAAACUGAAAUAUUUCAAAAUAAUCAUCAAAGAAAUCUCAAAAUUUUUCAAAAAAUCGUUUUGGAAAUUACUUGAAUCUCUAAAAAAAUGUACGUUUUGUCCAAAAAUAUCCAAAAAGUAAUGAAAUUUCCCAAAAAUCAAACAAAAAGUCCUCAAAUUUUCAGGAAUUCAUGAAAAAAUGCUAAAAAUUGAAAAAAACAUCCAGAAAGUUAUAAAAUUUGGAAAAAAUUGAAAUAUUUCAAAAUAAUCAUCAAAGAAAUUUAAAAAUUUUUCAAAAAAUCGUUUUGGAAAUCACAUCAAUCUCGAAAAAAAUGUACGUUUUGUCCAAAAAUAUCCAAAAAGUGACGAAAUACUCGAAAAAAAUAAAGAAUUUUCCAAAAAUCAAACAAAAAAUCCUCAAAUUUUCAAAAAUUCAUGAAAAAAUACUCAAAAGUUGAAAAAACAUUCAGAAAGUUAUCAAAUUUGUAAAAAAACUGAAAUAUUUCAAAAUAAUCAUCAAAGAAAUCUCAAAAUUUUUCAAAAAAUCGUUUUGGAAAUUACUUGAAUCUCUAAAAAAAUGUACGUUUUGUCCAAAAAUAUCCAAAAAGUAAUGAAAUUUCCCAAAAAUCAAACAAAAAGUCCUCAAAUUUUCAGGAAUUCAUGAAAAAAUGCUAAAAAUUGAAAAAAACAUCCAGAAAGUUAUCAAAUUUGGAAAAAACUGAAAUAUUUCAAAAUAAUCAUCAAAGAAAUUUCAAAAUUUUUCAAAAAAUCGUUUUGGAAAUCACAUCAAUCUCGAAAAAAAUGUACGUUUUGUCCAAAAAUAUCCAAAAAGUAACGAAAUUUCCCAAAAAUCAAACAAAAAGUCCUCAACUUUUCAGGAAUUCAUGAAAAAAUGCUAAAAAUUGAAAAAAACAUCCAGAAAGUUAUCAAAUUUGUAAAAAAACUGAAAUAUUUCAAAAUAAUCAUCAAAGAAAUCUCAAAAUUUUUCAAAAAAUCGUUUUGGAAAUUACUUGAAUCUCUAAAAAAAUGUACGUUUUGUCCAAAAAUAUCCAAAAAGUAAUGAAAUUUCCCAAAAAUCAAACAAAAAGUCCUCAACUUUUCAGGAAUUCAUGAAAAAAUGCUAAAAAUUGAAAAAAACAUCCAGAAAGUUAUCAAAUUUGUAAAAAAACUGAAAUAUUUCAAAAUAAUCAUCAAAGAAAUCUCAAAAUUUUUCAAAAAAUCGUUUUGGAAAUUACUUGAAUCUCUAAAAAAAUGUACGUUUUGUCCCAAAAUAUCCAAAAAGUAACGAAAUUUCCCAAAAAUCAAACAAAAAGUCCUCAAAUUUUCAGGAAUUCAUGAAAAAAUGCUAAAAAUUGAAAAAAACAUCCAGAAAGUUAUAAAAUUUGGAAAAAAUUGAAAUAUUUCAAAAUAAUCAUCAAAGAAAUUUCAAAAUUUUUCAAAAAAUCGUUUUGGAAAUCACAUCAAUCUCGAAAAAAAUGUACGUUUUGUCCAAAAAUAUCCAAAAAGUAACGAAAUACUCGAAAAAAAUUAGGAAUUUCCCAAAAAUAAAACCGUCUUCAAAAUUUCAAAAAAAUGUUCAAAGAUUAAAAAAAAAAUAAAAAAAGCAAUAAAAUCUCGGAAGAAACAUGGAAAUUUUCGUAAAAUUUCCUAAGAAAUCUCUUAAUUUUUCAAAAAAUCAUCCUGGAAAUCUACCAAAAUUUGAGAUUGUCCAGGAAAGUUAGAAAAUACUCAAUACCUACUCAAAAAAGCAUGAAAUUUUCAAAAAAUCGAAAAAAUGUACAAACAUUAAAAAAACAUCAAAAUCCCCUAAGCAAUCUUCUGUUUUUUUUCGAAAAAUCCUGCUGGAAAUAUUUUAAAAUUUGAGAUUGUUCGAAAAAAUUUGAAAAUAAUCAUGUUUUCGAGAAAAUCCAUAAAAUUUCGAAAACUUUUCCUGCUAAUGACGUAAGUUCUAACAAAAUGCUGAUAUGUCCAAAAACAUUCAAAAAGUCACGAAAUACUCGAAAAAAAAAGCAUGAAAUUUCCAAAAAAUCAAAAAAAGCCCUCCAAUUUUCAUAAAUUCGCAAAAAAUUAUUCAAAAAAUGCAACAAAUUCUCGGAAAAAAACAUGAAAUUUUCCAAAAUUCUUAAAACUUUUAAUACAAUCUCCUAUUUUUUUGAAAAAUCCUCCUGGAAAUCUUCUAAAAUUCGAGAUUCUUCAGAAAAAUUAUCAAGUUUUCAAGAAAAUCCAUAAAAAUUCCAAGAAUUGUCCUGGAAAUGACCCUAGUACUGAUAAAACGUUGAAAUUCUCGAGAAAAUUCUCAAUUUUCAUAAAAUUUUUGCAAAAAAAACCAAGAAACUUUUAAAUAUCCAUACAAAUCUUCCAAAAUGCUCGAAAAUUCCCACAACAUCCCAGAGAGUCUCCAAAUUUGUCUAAAAAUCGCCAAAUUUUAAAAAAUCUUUAAAAUUUUCAAAAUAUAAAUGCCCCGAUGAAUUUUUCAAAAAAAAACCUCAAAAUUUCAUGGAAAGUCCCAUCAAAAACCGAACCAUUAGUUUAAUAAUCAACAUUUAAGAAAAAAUUUACUCGUAAAUUUUGAGGUUAUGCGAAAAAAUGCUCUCCACGAAAUAUAAAAUCUAAAACUUCUACGUUUCUAUUAGAGAGUUUCGUUUUAACGUAAAUUUAAAAAAAAAAAACUUUACUUUCCAGCCCCCCAGCUUAUACUAUACAACAUUCCACCACAUUUUCUUUUUAUCUCCCUCAUUGUAUAAUGGAACUCAAAUUCUGCAAAACACCUGCCAUCUUGUAAUAGAAAAUUGAUUCAUUUCACAGUUUCUCUGAUUACAAAACAAAAGAAAUACUUUUCAUAUGUACUUUUUGUUUUCCCUGUAUUAUAAGGCACGUAUUUUGUACACAGACUCGAUUUCUCGAUCGACCUUGUAUAAUUACAAACUAAUUUAACUAAAAUGAUGUAAUUUCUUUGUUCUAAUAUAAUUAAUUUGUUAAUAAUUUACUUUUUCGAAUAUUUUAUAAAAAUUAAAGACUGAUAUUUAUAAUACUCAUUGUAUGAUAAUAAAAUUUGGUGCACGAAA